GCAUCUCGUAUUCCUAACUAUCAUUCGUGGACUUACAGUGGUUCGAUCGCCGACGUUCAGUGAGACUAUUUGUGUUAUGAAUAGAAGCGAAUAACGAACGUGGUUUUUUUUUUUUUGUUUUUUUGUUCAGACGGUCUGCAAUGCCUUUGAUAAACGAGGAGUCAGGGACCCAUCUCAUAGAGUCAACUAAAAUUAAAGAAAAAUCAAUUAUACCAAUAACAGCUGAAGAAGAAUAUGCAAAAAAUCCAGAAGUAUCAAGAGAAACUAUAAAUGAUUUAAAAAAAUGGAUAGCAACACAACCUCAUUUACCACAGAACAUGCCAGAGGAAAUGUUGAUACUGUUCUACCACAGCUGCUAUUUUAAUGUAGAGCAAACAAAAAAUUGCAUUGAAGUGUACUACACGCUAAAAACGGAAACGCCAGAAUUUUUUGCAAAUCGUGACAUUACCAGGCCAGAACUCGUAAACGCCCUCAAUACUCUGGAUUACGGGUGCUUGCCGACUCGCAACCCGAACGGUUACCAAAUCAUCUACCACAAGUUACGACUCUUCGAGGCCAACAAAUACGUGUUUAACGACGGCGUUAAGCUGCUGGUUAUGGCUAUGGAUGCGUGCUUCAAGGUGGACGGUACUUGCCCUGGGUACAUAUUCCUGUUCGACAUGCGUGGCGUCCGAUUGGGCCAUCUCACCAGGCUGAGCAUAUCGUCACUCCGAAAGUUCUUCACGUUCAUACAAGAAGGUUUACCUGUCCGUCUGAAGGGUAUACACGUAUUGAACACUCAAUCGAUCGUCGACAAAAUUAUGAUUCUGGUGAAACCGUUCAUGAAAAAGGAGCUGUUGAGUAUGGUGCAUUUCUACACAGAAAGGGAUCACGAGAAAAUUUACGACAUUUUGCCAAAAGAGUGUCUGUUAGAGGAUUACGGCGGUCUAUCGCAAUCCAUCGAAAAAUCACACGCUCAUUUCGUCGAAUGGAUGAAAUUAAUGAAACCGUUGUUUGAACACGACUAUCAGUACAAAAUCGACGAAUCGAAGAGGCCGAAAAAAAGUAAGAAGUCCAUUUCGACGUCAUUCAAAUCGUUGGAAAUCGACUGAUGCGGUUAUUCGAAAAGUUAUGCUCAUUGCAAACAGAAAACGAACGUAUCAAUAUUUAUGGGCCGGGUGAAAAAACUAAGAAUUUAGAUUACUUUAUAUUAAAAUCAAAAUAUGGUUACAGAAAGAAAAAAAACAAUCAUACACGAUAUGAUGAUCAAAAAUCUGCAAGAACAAUUUACGAUAAAAAUAAAUUUAAAUUUAAUUUAACAGUUCAAGUCUGAGAAUCUCAUUGCGCUUUACUUAUAAUUGAUCGAUGAGAUUUUAUUUUUGUAUCGUGCGAUGAUUGGUUGUACUGUUUUUUUUUUUUUUUUUAUCGAACUAUUAU